UACUAUACUCAAGUUUCGCUUUCAAGGAAAACGCCAGAACUUGCUAUUGUAAUUGCCAAUUUUGCCAUAAAGAAUGGGAUUGGGAAUUAAGCAAGAAACAGCUGGUCCUCACCAAAUCAUGAAAAGUCAAGUCCUUUUCCCCAUCGGAUUAGGAGAGGGGCUAUUGUUCUAUGUAUUCACAUCUUCAAGCUUCAACUUAUUGUUGGUUACAGCUGAUAAAAAGAUCAUGUCUUUUACAGCUGAUAAAAAGAUAAUGUCUUUCUUUGGUUAUUUAAGUUGUGCUAUUGCUACUGACUACUUCCGUGACGAGUUUGGCGUUUCUUUGCCUUGUCUCAUCAAAACUGCAACUAAAACUUCUGCUGCUAAAAAGGCAGAUUUGCUCAAAAACGAGAUAAAGAAAGAUGGCAACAACUUGUCGGGGAUGGCACCCACUAGUGCUUCUGCUAGUAAUCAUAAAUCGCAGCAUAUUGCACCUGCUAUUGCGCCCUUUUUGGAUGGAUUGCACUGUUUCGAGACUCAAGAAUUAUAAGCAGCUAGCUUUAUAUACUAGUAGUUUUUUAGUUUCUCUUUUGAUCUCUUUCAAGUUAUAAUUUUUUAUUAGCUAAAUGUGGCUGGAUAUUUGAAUUAUGUCUAUUCUUUAAUGCCAUCUUUGUGCUUUCUUACCUAA